AAGCCUUCAUGUAAUACUCCACAUUAAACUAACCACAAUACGAAUAUUAAUAGUAAUAACCAAUUAAACAUAUGAUAAUCUUCUUAAUAGUCAUUAUUAAAGGAAACUAGAUCAAACCAACCUUGUUGUAACACGAUUUUAAGUGUUGAUGAUGAGGUUUUUAAUUAAAAAUCUCUAUAAUUGCUUUUGGGUUAGCAAGGAAUGAAUGUAGACAUAGUAUAAAUAUUAUUAUGUUAAGAUAGGUAUUUAAUGGCAGAUAAGCAAUCGAGAAAGUAUAAAAUCCUUCUAAAUGUUGUCUUACAUGCCAAUCACGGACGGAUGGAAAAAAACAAAGAAAUUAAGAGAAAUGAUGCAAAAUCAAUAAUUGCAUAUACUUCAUAAACCACUUGACAUCUAAAAAUUUUAAUAAAUUUUAACUAAACUUUCUUAUUAUCUGAUUUCUAAUAAUGUUAAUUUAAAGUACAUGUAAAAACCAAGUUAUAUGGUAUUUAUAGUUGUUUACCCAUUAGUUUGUAAUGAAUAGAAUGAAAUGA